AAUAAUUUGACCUCACAUUUUCCCUCAUAUCAACUCUUCCUUCUCGUCAUCACUACCUCCGUAGACCAAGAACUAGUAGUCUUUUACAAAGCUUGGAUUUUCCCCCAUUGAUUCUGUGAUCUGGGCACUUCUUUCCUUCACACAUUUUUAGGUCUCAAAAAUUUCUUGGGUUUUUGAUACUUUUUGGCUUUUUCAAAAAAUUUCUUGGUUUUCAAUGCCUUUUCCCUUUUGAAGUUAUUAUUCUUCUUAUAAAAGAUAGUUUUAGCCUUUAAGGUGUAAAGAACUACAAAAGCUUUGCUGACAUCAAGAAGCUAGUUUACUGUGCUUUAUAUAGUAUAGAUAUAGAGUUAUGGAUGCUCUCUGUGCUUCUAUGAGGGCCCACCCAGUGCCAGUUAGCAAGGGUUUUGGCUAUGGGGAUAGUGGAUUCUGGGGAGAGAGGAUCAGAGGUUGUAGGGUUAAAACUGAGAGACAUGAGGGGAUGCCUAAGAAGGUUAACCUUGGGGUGGCCUGUUCUAUUGUGACACAUGAUAUUAACAAACAACAUUUGUCAUUUGAGACGCAGCAUUUUGAAGAGCAUCCACAGGGUGACCCCAGAAAUGUUGCCUCGAUUGUUCUGGGUGGUGGUGCUGGGACUCGUCUCUUUCCACUUACAAGAAGCAGGGCUAAACCAGCUGUUCCUAUAGGUGGUUGCUACAGGCUAAUUGAUGUACCAAUGAGCAACUGUAUCAACAGUGGCAUCCGUAAAAUUUUUAUCCUAACGCAGUUCAAUUCCUUCUCACUUAAUCGUCAUCUUGCUCGCGCAUAUGGCAUUGGAAAUGGAGUCAAUUUCGGGGAUGGUUUUGUUGAGGUUCUAGCUGCCACCCAAACGCCAGGAGAAGCGGGAAAAAUGUGGUUCCAAGGCACUGCUGAUGCUGUGCGGCAAUUUAUAUGGGUAUUUGAGGACGCCAAGAACAAGAACAUCGACAACAUAUUAAUCUUGUCGGGUGACCAUCUUUACCGAAUGGACUACAUGGACUUUGUUCAGAGGCAUAUUGACACAAAUGCUGAUAUUACCGUUUCUUGUGUACCAAUGGAUGAUAGCCGAGCUUCAGACUAUGGAUUGAUGAAAAUUGAUGGAAGCGGGCGUAUUGUCCACUUCGCUGAGAAACCGAAAGGGCCUGCUCUGAAAACAAUGCAAGUUGACACGUCUCUGCUAGGACUUUCUGAGAACGAGGCCAAGAAAUAUCCCUAUAUUGCAUCCAUGGGUGUUUACGUUUUUAGAACCGAGGUUCUACUAAAUCUCCUAAGGUCGCAGUACCCUUCGUGCAAUGAUUUUGGGUCAGAAAUCAUCCCCGCUGCAGUGAAGGACCAUAAUGUCCAAGCUUAUUUGUUUAGUGAUUACUGGGAGGACAUUGGAACGGUGAAGUCUUUCUUUGAUGCAAACUUAGCCCUCACCGAGCAGCCUCCUAUGUUUGAUUUCAAUGACCCGAAGACCCCUUUCUACACUUCACCGCGAUUCUUACCUCCUACUAAAGUCGACAAGUGCAAGAUAGUGGAUGCAAUAAUUUCACAUGGUUGCUUCUUAAGAGAGUGUAGCGUUAAACACUCUAUAGUGGGCAUUCGGUCACGAUUAGAUUAUGGUGUCGAGCUUGAGGAUACCAUGGUGAUGGGCGCAGACUACUACCAAACAGAAUCGGAGAUCGCUUCUCUACUAGCCACCGGGAAUGUCCCAAUUGGUAUUGGCACAAACACGAAAAUCAGAAACUGCAUAAUUGACAAGAAUGCCAGGAUAGGAAAAGACGUGGUUAUUGCAAACAAGGAUGGAGUGGACGAAGCUGACAGAGCAGACGAGGGAUUCUACAUCAGGUCCGGGAUCACCAUCGUGCUGAAGAACGCAACGAUCAGAGAUGGAACAGUCAUAUGAAAAGCUUCUUGAUCACCAUUACAGGUAAUUGUAAUGGCUGAGCCCAUUUUGAUGGCAUGGAUUCGAACCCAUGAUCGGGUUCAUUUUGUUACCGGAUUAAAAGUUUAAACUAAUAGUUGGACUGUACAUUUAUAUUUAUAUAAACGAACCAGUUACAUGUUUGAGAUA